UCAAGCUGGCCAGACGCAAAGAAAGCCAAGCACUAUUAAAGGCGAUUCAGUCAUGCCGAUGAAUGGACAGCCGGGCGGACAAAAUGGACGCAAACGCCGCGACAACGAUGAUUUCUCGGUGAAGCUAUCCACCAUCAGGAUCUGGAUGCACGAGAAGGACAUCGGCAAGUUGACGCGCAUUUUGUGGGCGGGGCAGGGCAACCGCCUCUGCCAACAGGCCAGUAACAAUGGGCGUGUCAAGCGCUUUCUGGCCGCCGUGCCCCACGUCAUGAAUGCCAUCAAGGAUCUGCACCAGGCUGUGAUUGACAACAAUCUGGAGAGCGUUCAAUCACAAUUGGAGCCACCGGUGCCAAGUGCCCUCGUUACCUGCAAGGAUGGCAACGGCCUGAACAUCAUCCACAAGGCCGCCGGACUGGGCCACACCAAGAUCCUCGAGUAUCUGGUGGGCAUUUGGGCAGAGGGCGCCCACGAAGUAGACAUCACCGGCAAAACGGCGCUCCACUGGGCGGCCAGUGCCAAAAACAACAUGAGAUGCUAUACCCUGCUGACCCAGGCGGGAUGUGACGAGGAGGCUGUGGAUUAUAAAAUGAAGACACCUUCGUACUAUCGCCACAAGCCGCACGAAAUAGAGCGGGCUUUCCUGGUUUAUGUGCCGGAAGCCCCACGCGUCUCCCCCGAGAGCGUCACCGAUUGGGAGGCCUUGGGCGAUGACACUGGCGGCGAUAAUGGGGCAGGUGGCGACUCGAAGAAACUGGAAAUGAAGGUCCUUCUGGCGCCAGGGCACCACAAGUGGCUGGACGACAGCCUUGAGAACACCUCGGAGCUGGACACCAACGACGGUACGAGUGCCAACGAAGACGACGAUCUCUCGAAAGCGGACGCGGAACCAGUUCCGGAAGCGGAUGUGGCCGCAUCGCCAUUGCAGCGCCGACCGGAAACCCCGGCCACGUUCAACACCAUAAACGGCGAUGAUAGCGAAGCGGAGGACACACGCAUCAAAGGCAUCGUGGAGUCUGGCGACCUGGAGCAACUGGCCGAGAUCGUGCUGAACGGCGAGGGUGGUCGCCUGAUGGGCCUCACGUCCCCGGAGCCGGAAAUUCAGGCCUUUCUCAACAACGUACCCACUUACAUGGAGAAAAUCCAUCGCGUGCACGACGCGGCACGUGACGGAGGACUGCUGGCAUUGCAGCAGGCUCUGGAUCGCCGGAAGUUUGCCAUUGCAAAGGACGACAUAUCGCCCAAUGGCUCCACACCGCUGCACGUGGCCGUGCUCUUUGGCCACACGGACAUCGUUCGGUACCUGGCCUCGCGCUUUCCGGAAACCAUGACAAUUACGGAUAAUGACGGACGCACGCCGCUUCAUUACGCAGCCACAAUUAAGGACAAUGGUCACUUCUACCACAUGCUCCUGCAGAUGGGGGCCAAUCCCAAAUCACUGGACAAGCUGGGCCACUCGGCCGAGUUCUACCUGGACAGGGACAAGGCGAAAAACAUACUCAACUACACCGAGUUGCUGAACAUUUUCGGGGCCGAGGAACUGGAGAACCAGUUGCUCACCGACCAGGUUCCCGACGAUCUGCACAGUGCCCGGCGGGAGCUGCAGGAUGGGGAGAUCUCCAGGACCCUGGAGCGCUGCUACAGCGUCAUCUCGGAGUCGGGAAAACUCUUGAGUGGCACCACGGCCUCCGCCCUGUCCCACCGAAAACCUCUCAGCGCCUCGUCACUGCAGCUGUCGGUGACCAGUUACCUCAGUCGCUUCCUGAAGCGUCCUGUUUACGAGAAAAUCAAGCGACGGCAAACGCGGCUUGAUCACAACCUCUUCGAUAUCCUGUGGCCGGCCAUGCGGAAGACCUCAAAGGCCCGCCACCUGGAAGAGGACAUAAAUUGCGGGAUCAUUGCACCGGACUUUGAUGUGUUUGUGGUGUUCCAGGAGUUCCUGGUGCCGCUCCUGAAGGACAUGCACUGUCUGAGCAUCGACAACGACUUCAAGCCCCAGCCGCGCCUGGCCUACUUUCCAAUGGACAAUGGCGAGCGUCUGAACACAGCUGCCUUCGUCUUCGACGACGAGUCCAUGCUGGUGACGCGCUGCCUUGUGGAGGCGUCCCGCAAUCUGGAUCAGCUAGAGCUACCCUUGAACUUGACCAUCGGACAGCUGGAGCAGGCCGAACGCCUGAUGAUGAGCAAGAUAUUCACCACGAACUUUGCUGAUGCCAUUGGGGAGACCGAUUCGGGCAACUACUUCACCCUGACCGAGCUGCUGGAGCCGGACUCGGAAGUGGCCAUGAUGCUAAACAGCCUGGGCCUGAUGAUCCCCCUGCUGGACACCCAGGACCUGGUGCAGGCCGCCGAGUCCACGGCCUUCAACGGCGCCCUGUGGCCCUAUGGGCGGGGCGUGUUCGUCAACUCCGCCCACAAUCUGGCGGUCUGGCUGAAUUGCCAGGAGCACCUGCGGGUGAUCUCCAUCACCGGCGGCAAGGAGCCCGCUGACAUGGGGGCGGCCUACACGCGGGUGGGCCGGGCAAUAUCCUACCUGGAGACGCAGCUACACUUCAAGGAGAGCUAUCUGCUUGGCUACCUCCAGUCGCGGCCCAGCUACCUCGGUACCGGUCUCAAAAUGACCACCAUAGUGAAGCUGCCGAACCUCAUGAAGGAGAUGGAUAAUCUGCGCCACCUGUGCUCCGUCCGGGGACUCAGCAUGGUCACUAAUCGGCUCUCCAAGCUCACCGUGCGCCUGGUCAACAUGCAGAGCAUGGGAGUUGUGGAGUACGUGCUGUUCCAGGACUACUGCACGGCUGUCACCAACAUCCUAUCGCUGGAAAAGGACAUGUCCCUGACGAACUCCAAGCACAUAGCCACCAUGCUGGUGAAGAUCUUCAGGCGCAAGAAGAACAGCAUCGUGGAUCGUAACUAGGAGAAGGAGCCCGAUUCCCCAAGUCCCCAGAUGUAUAUACGAAAGCAAAGAUCUCCGAGCACUGUAACCCGUAACCGUAAAUGCAAAUAUCCGUACCCAACUCGAUACUCGACACCAGACUCGUGUCCUCAUCAUCAAAAACAAGCAAAC